GGGUUCGGCUCUUUUUAAGCCGCUUCAGUUCCUCCUCCGGUUUAAUCAUUAACGGAUCUGGAGCAGGAAGCUGAGCUUUGUCUCGUCUUUGUGUCUGCAGAACUUUUCCCGUCCGGUUCCUUCCACUCCGCCUCACCUUUCUGACGUCUCACCUCCAGUCCGCAGGUACUUUUCUGCUGCUGUUUUCGGUCCAAAGCGGCCGAACCGUCCGGACAGGAAGUGAAAGUAGAAGCAGACUGCAGAGGAGAUUCUCACCUGAGCUCGUCCACAGUUGGAUGUUCAGAUGUCAGAAAUGAUGGAUAAAUCUGGUGAGAACCCCUUCGAGGACAAUGUUUCUGUGAAGAGCAACGGGAAGCUGGGAGUCGUGAAUUCGUUGAGGAGGAGCAUCCGAAGGGUUGCAGAGAAAAGUCCGAUAUCAAUUGGAGGAAAAGAUCCAAAAACACCUAAACAGGACGACGAAUCUGCCUCUUCACCUCCACCUCCGUCACCCAGUCCGAGCUCUCCGAGUUCUCCAGUCACCUCUCCUCUGAAGAACGACAAACAGAAGCCGCUGUUCCGUUCAAAGACAGAUCCCAACAUGUCCAAGUUCGGAGACUCCAUCAUGAAAAAAGGAGAACAGAUUCGCCGAAGCCUGAGACUCACCAAGAAGGACAACGAUAAAAGCUCCAAACAAGAGGCACUGCUGCCGGUUUCUGAAGGAUCGAUGGAGGAGGAGAAGGAGGAGAAAGUAGAAGAGGAGGAGCUGAUGGAGGAGAUGGAGGAGAUGGACGAGAUGUACGAGCUGCCAGAGAUACCGAACACACCGCUGUCAGUGAUGCAGAUCAAUAACCUGAUAGAGAUGGAGGUCCUGGAGGAGGCCCACCUGAACCUGCUCUCCAUGCGGAAGGAGUUCCAGCAGGAGCAGCAGCAGCACGCCGACGAUGACUCGCCCAUGGAGCUGGCCAAGAAGGAAAAAGACCUCAGCCUCCUCUACGGAAACCUGAGGAAGAAGAUGGGCCAACUAGUGCGCGACUCCAACUCUCUUCCCUCCAGAAACAAGGCUCUGCUGGUCUUGGUGGCUCGUAUCAUACAGGAGGAAGAGAAGAGGGCCGAGGAACCAGGAGGACUGCCGGACAGCUGGAUGGAGGCCUGGAGGGAGGCGGUGGAUGAAGGCGUGAAGGCCAAGGUGGAGAGAGUUCACCUGGAGAAGAGGGAGCAGAACGACUCCUGGUUGGCCGUCCACCUGGGGCACCUGGGUAAAGCCAUCGUGGACGAUCUGGAGAACGUGAAGAAGGAGUUGCGGUGGUCCUACCCACCCAGCUUUAAGGUCUUCAGCACCUACGUGAGGAGUUACCAUCGAGUGGUCGGGCAGCACCUGAAGAAGCUGGAGGUCGAGGUGACGGAGCAGAAGGACCUGUACGCUCUGCUGUACUGGAUACUCAACAGAUACAAGAGUGAUAAGAUCAUGGGAAGUCUGUCGCUGCAGCCAGACAUGCAGGCUGAAAACAGCGAUCUGCAGCUGGAGGACGAGUUCCUGAAGCAGCUCAAAGAGAAAUACUGCAGAAAAGUGAAGGAGGGCAUGAGGUCUUCACUGGACAGAAUCAUCGAACUGGAGGAUGAGGAAGUCUGGAGCGAAAGCAAAGCGCUGAUAAAGGAGGAGAACAUCUUAAAGUCUCCGUUUCCGAUGGACAUCUGGACGAACAUCAAAUCAAACGCUGUAAAUUCUGGCAAAGUUGAAGCUCAGCUGGAAGUGAAAGUUCUUUCCUCCUGCCUGGAGGAGCUCAAACAUUUUCCAUCGAGGUUUGAGUCGGAGUUCCGGCGUCGCUGCAGCGCCCUCAGACCUCAGCCUCUCUGGACCGAGUAUCACAUCGCCUACAUCAACAGCUUCACUUGUUUACAGGAGCACAUGGAGGGCUACGAGGCCUCCUGUCCAGGUGAGGUGGAAGGGCUGAAGAAGGAGGUGAAGGGGCUGGUGGUCCGACUCAUGGAGGUCCUGGAGGAGCAGUUCAAGGAGGAUGUCAAGCCCUACCUGAGGAGAAUGAUGACGAGGAAGUGGCUCAACGACGACGACGACUUCAAACACCUCUACAGCCGGACCAAUCAGCUGUCUCAGCACUGCGGCCUGAUGACGCCUCCACACGUCCAGGGCUUCGCGGGUCGAUUGCACCUACAUGUGGUGAAACAAUACAUCGGCCAGCUGAUGAUGAACAACUACUCCUGCAAGAACCGGAAACACGAGAAGGCGGCGGCCAAAAUCCGUCAGCAGUGGAAUCAACUCAGGGAUCUGUUUGAGGAGAUGGAGUCGCCUCACGAGUGGCUUCAUGCUGUAGGAGACGACCUGAGCAACAUCAUUGGACAGAAGAGCAAGAUGGACAUCCAGAACCAUCUGCAGCCGUUAGUGAAACACUACCCAGACUUCAGCAAGAAGCACCUGGUUGCCGUUCUGUACUUCAGAGGUUUGAUGAGAGGCCGAGAACACCAGCAGAUCCUGCAGAAACUCUCAGCGCUGAAGAAGGAGCCGAACACCAGCGGCAGCGACAGAAACCAGGUUUUAUUCGGAGACAUGCAGGUGACGGUGAACACUGACUGUUUCUCCAACCUGCCGUUCUCCUGCUUCAGCUUCUGGGACAACUGACCAUGCUGUUAUCUGAAACGCUGCUCUAAAGCUCAGCUGGUGGAUUAUUUCUAAAAACCUCCUAGUGUCUGAUCUCUGGCUGUUUAAAAUCAACAGGCGUGAGUCUGGAAGAUCGGUCUGGUGAUGUUCUGUGUUGCAAAACCAACUUAUCUCAGUUCAGGGACAAGAAUCUGCAUGUAAGUUCCUCCUCUGCAGCUCAAAGCUUCACUGUUGCUCAAUAAAAGCACCAGAAACACAGCAGUGAGUCACAAAGCCACAAGUCUGUGCUGCAGACGCUCACUAAAGCCGCAAACAUUCAUCCACAGCUGAAGACGGAUGAUUUCCUCCUGUUUUAAAUAAUAAAAUGAUACAUUUGUGAGCUGCUACAAGACUGUAAAACAAGAACAAGUACUUUAGGAUGCUGCUGUCGACUCUCCUGUGAUGGAAAAACACAUUUUGUAAAUAUAAAUGUAGAAACUUUAAGGGCGAAUUCGCUGCAACCAAAAAGUCAAAUCCAACAUUAGCGUGAGCGCUAUUUAGCCUCCCAGCUAACGUUACCGACAAGUUCUGCUAGCGUUCCAAAGAAAACCUUUUAAUCUAAUGUUUAAAGAAUGUUUUAAGGUUGUUUCUCAUCUUAAUUAAUGUUCCUUUGGCGUUAAAAGAGUCAACAAAGGUAGAACGUUCAAUCUGCGAUGUUCUGGGGGUGUUUAGGGAACAAGUUAUAAAAUAUUCUUCUAUAAAACACUCUUUUUUUAAAAAGAAUUGUAAUUUUUUUCUUUUUAACGAUUUAAAUAUGGUCCAGAAAAACCGAACUGUUGAUGCUUUGUUUUUUUUUUUACUCAAUAACUAUAAUUUUAAAAAACAGGUAAUCACUGUUAUUUACCUUUUCUUUAUCCUUAUUACACAUAAAUUUUAUUUCAAAUUAGGUCAUAUAUCUGUAAAAUAAUACUUUUUUCCUAAUUUAAAUAAUUAAAAUAAUUACAAGUUAUUUUAAAAAAAUGUAACAAAUAUCAGCAAAUUCUGUCAAAUAAUAUUUUAAGUGGUUUAAUAUAAAUUAAAAUUGUCUAAAGUUAUGGUCAGAUGUUGUAAAAGAGCCAAUUACUGUUUGUAAAAAAUACAUAUUUACUUUAGAUAUUAAAAUAUAUCAUUUGUCUUUCAAAUUACACUAUCUGUCAAAUAUUAAUAUUUUUCUCAUUUAAGAACAGCAAAAACUAUAAUUUAACAGUCAAACCUUGUAAAAGAGAGAAUUAGCAUUUGUUAAUAUACCCAUUUUUUUAUAUUAACAUGUAAAUUUGUACUUUCUUGUGUGAUUUUACUAAAUAUUUAUUUGUAAUUUGACUAAACAGACAAUAGUGUCUUUAAAGGGAACAUUCUGGGAACUAAAAAAAGAGACACUCCAACAGAAAACAUCACUAGAACUUUGCAAAACUUCCGCAGAACAUUUUUAUAACAGAAAAAUUGCAGCCAGACUCCAUAUUUGUAGUUUUCUGGAUGCAAUUUUCCCACUAUUUUUGACAAUUAGCGCUAAUGUUAAGCUAAUUAGCCUCAGCGGUGCAAAUGUGAAGUUUUCCUCUGAGAAUUUAGGAUCACUGUGGUUCUUUAAAUAUUCUUGCAUCUUUUAUUGGCAAACAAAUGUGAAAAAACAAUAAAACAGAUGCAACUCUUUAAAUAAGACUAAACUAAAGUGAUUAUCUUCUAUUAAAGCCAUCAAAAAAAUAACUUUUGGUUCUUCUAGUGUCAUUAGAUUAAAAAAUCCCUCAUUUCAAUUGAAGUAAAUUGAGAUAAUCUAUUAAAAAUAUCCAGCAUGGCUUCUUAUUUUCAGACUUUUCAUCAUUAAAUGUUAAAUAAAAGAUUUGUUAUUGUGCAAAACGUACAAAGUAGAAAUAAUUCAGGAGUUUUUGUGAUAUUUUGUCAAGAAUAAAUGAACAAAAAUGUGCAAAAAGUCAACAGGUGAAGCAGCAGCAGCAUUGCUUCUUAUUUACAGACUUUUCAGCCCAAAAUGAUGAAUUAAGGAUUUAGCAGCAAAACGGCACUUUAAUGGAGUUUUCUUAUUACACAAAAUGAAAACAAUUCAAAUUUUCUGAGAUUUUUUUCAGGAAUAAGUGAACAAAAACAUGCAAACAGCUUUGUGUUUUGGGAGUUUUUUUGUGCAAACUAUCAGAUUUCAGGUGAAGUUUGUGUAUAAAAGUGAUGCAGUCAUUAUUUAGAGAUUAUCAGAGGAGGUUUGCAUUAACUUUUCACCUUUAUUUGACAUUUAUCGGGUUGUUGUUGGAGGUUUAGCUGCAGGAGAUCCUGAAAAACGCAGAUUUUAGCUUCUAAAACUGCAGAAAUUAAUGUGAGCUUCAAGGACAAAGAAAUCUGAGCAGGUUUUAGUGGAAAAAAAUGAAUAUACGGGUUAAAAAUAGACAUUUAAAUGCAAACUAUAUCAUAGUGUGUAGAAUAAAUGAGUGAAAAAGGACCCAAAUACCUGAUUUCUUAGACUGACUUGAGGCCAACAGACUCCUUCAUCUUUCAUGUGUUUUAAAUUACGAAACUUUAAUUAAAAUGUGACGCAGUUUGUCAAAUAUUUCCAGCUUUGUGAGGAUUUACUUUCUGGGAAGGAAAACUUUCCUGUUUCAGUGGGGGAGAGGAAGAUUGUGCAACUUCGACAAAGCAGAUUAAAAAAAAGAGAAUUUAAUUGAAUCCAGUUGUUUUGGAGGUGAUGAAAUAAACUGUUCUCAGUUUAAAGUCUGAUAAAAAACUAGAACUCCUCCACGACUCUGUUCUGUGCUGCUCAAGCCAAAAAUAUUGUGUAAAUAUGUGAACUUAUUAUCUCUGCAAUUCUUUUGUAAAAAUUGUGAUUCAUUUAUUGUGUUUGUGAAAUCAGCUGCAGGAAAAUCUGCAAAACCAGCUCGAAAUGUGAUUUUCUUUGCACAUUUAUGUUUUAUUUAAUCAUAAAGUUCUUUUUUCUUUGUUUGGGAUCAAACUCAGGUUGUUUUCAACUUUUUCUCACUUGUAAGGCAAAUUAUUUAAACUGUUCUUAUGGAUUUGAACAUUUUCAAACAUAGAAUAGAGCGUAAAUGUGAAUAAAGCUAUUUUAAAACUA